AUGGCCUUCUUCUCCGAAUCCGGCCUUUCGCCACUCUUCCUCCUCAACAACUACGAGGCUCCAAACCAAUACAAGCCCCGCAAAUGUCACAAGUCCUACCAGUGCUCCAAGCUCCAAGGACGCAACACCUUUGCACCAGCAUUUGACGUGCGCGAGUUCACCAAUGCCUACCACUUAGACGGCGAGCUCCCAGGCGUGGACCAAAGCGACAUCGAGAUCGAAUUCACUGAUCCACACACCCUGGUAAUCAAGGGCCACACUGACCGCGACUACAACAGCAAUAAUGACAACAAUGAUGUCAGCUCAAGCCGCAGCUCAUCUCCUGCAGGCUGGCACCAAGCCACAGUUGAAGACGAGGAUGCAGCAUCGACUAGCUCGGCCGACACCGCUGCUUCCAAGACUGCUUCUGCUUCGCACACCGAGAAAACCGAGAAUGACAAGCCUCACUUCUGGGCUAAGGAGAGGUCGAUCGGUGACUUCCAGCGCACUUUUAGCUUCAGCGCGCGCGUGGAUCAGGACUCUGUUCGGGCGAGUCUGAAGAACGGUGUCUUGUCUGUUGUUGUGCCGAAGGAGCCGACUCCUACCCCGAAGAAGAUUCCUAUCCUAUGA